AUGGAGAAAUCCAACCAAAUAAUAACAUGGAGCUCUGAGGAACUACUAGGUUUAGGGCAUGUUAAGUUUUAUAGGUGUAGCUUUUGUAAACGAGGUUUUUCGAAUGCACAAGCUCUAGGUGGACAUAUGAAUAUCCAUAGAAGAGAUAGAGCAAGGCUUAGAGAAUUUUCAAGUGAUCAGAACUUGCUUUCUUUGGACAUCACCAACUCCGUUUUUCCUCCUCCUUCUCCUCUUGCAAAUGAUGACUCGUUGCAACGAGAAGUAUCAUUAUAUGAUCAUGAGGCAAUAAUUUGUAGCCCCUCGAAAAGGCCAUGUGUUACAUAUCAUGAAGAAAAUGAUCAUCCUACAUCUAAGGUGAAUUAUGAUCAUAAUCCUCCUCCUCGUCCUCCUCCUCCUGCAAAUGAUGACUUGUUCCAACAAGAAGUAUCAUCAUACGAUGAGACAUUAAUGAGUAGCUCCUCGAAAAGGCCAUGUGUUACAUAUGAUGAAGAAAAUGAUCGUCUAAUUACAUCCAAGGUGAAUAAUUAUGAUCAUAAUCAUGAAAUGAUUAUUGGAGAUCUUUUGCAAUUACCGUUAUUCAAGGAGACUCCAUUAAUUAAAGAAGCAAGCAAUUGUAUGGAUGAUGGGCAAGUAGGAAACAAGGGCAUGCAGCUAAAUCCCGUUUCAGAAUUGGACCUUGAGCUUCGAUUAGGGAUGGAACCACCUGAGUCCUUGAUAGAGACAGAUCUACGAUUUGAACUUCACAAGUUUUGA